AUGCAGCACCGUGGGGAGCAGCGGGGAGGGAGCAUGCAGCACCGUGGGGAGCAGCGGGGAGGGAGCAUGCAGCACCGUGGGGAGCAGCGGGGAGGGAGCAUGCAGCACCGUGGGGAGCAGCGGGGAGGGAGCAUGCAGCACCGUGGGGAGCAGCGGGGAGGGAGCAUGCAGCACCGUGGGGAGCAGCGGGGAGGGAGCAUGCAGCACCGUGGGGAGCAGCGGGGAGGGAGCAUGCAGCACCGUGGGGAGCAGCGGGGAGGGAGCAUGCAGCACCGUGGGGAGCAGCGGGGAGGGAGCAUGCAGCACCGUGGGGAGCAGCGGGGAGGGAGCAUGCAGCACCGUGGGGAGCAGCGGGGAGGGAGCAUGCAGCACCGUGGGGAGCAGCGGGGAGGGAGCAUGCAGCACCGUGGGGAGCAGCGGGGAGGGAGCAUGCAGCACCGUGGGGAGCAGCGGGGAGGGAGCAUGCAGCACCGUGGGGAGCAGCGGGGAGGGAGCAUGCAGCACCGUGGGGAGCAGCGGGGAGGGAGCAUGCAGCACCGUGGGGAGCAGCGGGGAGGGAGCAUGCAGCACCGUGGGGAGCAGCGGGGAGGGAGCAUGCAGCACCGUGGGGAGCAGCGGGGAGGGAGCAUGCAGCACCGUGGGGAGCAGCGGGGAGGGAGCAUGCAGCACCGUGGGGAGCAGCGGGGAGGGAGCAUGCAGCACCGUGGGGAGCAGCGGGGAGGGAGCAUGCAGCACCGUGGGGAGCAGCGGGGAGGGAGCAUGCAGCACCGUGGGGAGCAGCGGGGAGGGAGCAUGCAGCACCGUGGGGAGCAGCGGGGAGGGAGCAUGCAGCACCGUGGGGAGCAGCGGGGAGGGAGCAUGCAGCACCGUGGGGAGCAGCGGGGAGGGAGCAUGCAGCACCGUGGGGAGCAGCGGGGAGGGAGCAUGCAGCACCGUGGGGAGCAGCGGGGAGGGAGCAUGCAGCACCGUGGGGAGCAGCGGGGAGGGAGCAUGCAGCACCGUGGGGAGCAGCGGGGAGGGAGCAUGCAGCACCGUGGGGAGCAGCGGGGAGGGAGCAUGCAGCACCGUGGGGAGCAGCGGGGAGGGAGCAUGCAGCACCGUGGGGAGCAGCGGGGAGGGAGCAUGCAGCACCGUGGGGAGCAGCGGGGAGGGAGCAUGCAGCACCGUGGGGAGCAGCGGGGAGGGAGCAUGCAGCACCGUGGGGAGCAGCGGGGAGGGAGCAUGCAGCACCGUGGGGAGCAGCGGGGAGGGAGCAUGCAGCAAAGUGGGGAGCAGAAAUGA